GUGUGUAUCGGGCGUCGGGACGCCGAGGCGACUGGUAGUUGAGUUCACGGACUUCAGUAUGGCUUCAGCUUUUGACAGGGGUGGGCGUGCGGCUUCGACGGCGUUGCACGGAUGUGUCUGUCCUCCGUUCCGACGUGAAUGAAUUUCGGUGUUAUUCGGUGUCGCGAUCGAAGAAUAUCACGCGUACGAGCUACCGAGGGCCCCCGAAAUUCGAUACAAACGAAACCCCCGAGGGUGGUGCGGCGACGAAACAACCCCCGACGAUCGGCGUUGCGAUUCCACCCGCCGUCACAGUGCACCGAGCUCCCCAUCCCCUUGCCACAGUUCUGUGUUCAUUCCCUCUGUUCGUAUUCGUUUUCACUAAACUGACAGCCAAGGAGCGAAAUCACGCCGGAGACAUGAGGCGUAAUGUGAAAAUAGUGCUUCUCCUGUCAUGCGCCUGGAUGUCCGUCUUUGUUUACUACUACCACACCACCAAAGAUUCAAAGAAUGAGAACAGAGCGUUACGUCUAAAGGACCCGUCGUCGGUCGCGGUGCUUUCAGGUGUACCAAAUUCAGCGGCAUACGUAGAUCCAGUUGGUACAGCAAUUGUUCUGUCCUCAGAGCUACUUCCUGCACCGACCCCGGACCCCCGGGUCACGUGGAAUUACUUCGACGAGCAAGGGUAUGUGUCGAGGGGCGGACUCAGAGCGGGUGAGGAUCCCUACGCGAGAAAUAAAUUCAACCAGGAAGCGUCCGAUGGAUUACCGAGUAACAGGGACAUUCCCGAUACGAGGAGUGCGAUGUGUCGAAUGAAACAAUGGAGACACGAUCUACCGCCAACGUCGGUGAUUAUAACGUUUCACAACGAGGCGCGUUCUACCCUACUCAGAACGGUAGUGAGCGUGCUCAACAGAAGCCCGGAACAUCUCAUUAAGGAGAUUAUUUUGGUUGACGACUUUAGCGACCAUCCUGAAGAUGGGGAGGAAUUAUCGAGGAUUCACAAGGUGCGAGUCAUCAGAAACGAGAAACGGGAGGGUCUUAUGAGGUCGAGGGUCAGAGGGGCUGAUGCUGCUACGGCAAGUGUUCUUACAUUCCUCGAUUCCCACUGCGAGUGCAACGCCGAUUGGUUGGAACCCCUUUUAGAAAGGGUUGCCGAAGAUCCUACCAGGGUCGUAUGCCCGGUUAUCGACGUCAUCAGCAUGGACACCUUCCAAUAUAUCGGCGCAUCGGCGGACCUCCGAGGCGGUUUCGAUUGGAGUUUGGUAUUCAAGUGGGAGUAUUUGAGUCAAGUUGAGCGUCAAGCGAGACUGAAGGAUCCAACGUCUUCUAUCAGGACACCGAUGAUAGCGGGAGGUCUUUUCGUCAUCAAUAAAGCGUACUUCGAAACUCUAGGAAAGUACGACACGCAAAUGGACGUAUGGGGUGGAGAAAAUCUCGAAAUAUCAUUCCGUGUAUGGCAAUGCGGUGGUAGUUUGGAAAUAAUUCCAUGCUCGAGAGUCGGACACGUAUUUCGUAAACGCCAUCCUUAUUCCUUCCCUGGUGGAAGCGGGAAUGUUUUUGCAAGAAAUACGCGACGCGCUGCCGAAGUUUGGAUGGACGACUACAAGCAAUAUUACUACAACGCCGUCCCAUUGGCGAGGAACAUACCCUACGGAAACAUUCAAGACCGCCUGGAUCUGAAAAGAAAUCUUCACUGCAAGCCAUUUAGCUGGUAUCUGAAGAAUGUUUAUCCAGAAUUAGCUAUUCCCACUAGCGAAGGGGGUCCUGGAGGUUCUUUGAAACAGGGAUCGACGUGUAUGGAUAGCAUGGGGCAUCUGCUAGACGGAAACGUUGGACUUUACCCUUGUCACGACACGGGUGGUAAUCAGGAAUGGGGCCUGACGAAAGAUGGAUUGAUAAAGCAUCACGAUCUUUGCCUAACAUUGCCGGUUUACGCCAAGGGAACUACCCUUUUGAUGCAAAUAUGUGAUGGAAGUGAGAAUCAAAAAUGGCGUCAUUUGGAAGGCGGUCUUAUACGGCAUACUCGGAUACCGGUUUGCGUUGACUCCAGAUACCACGCACAAAGAGGUAUUACGGCUGAAAAAUGCGAUUCCAGUGCGGAAACGCAGAGAUGGCACCUCUACAAUCACAAUCACUAACCUGGACUGGAAUUCUAAUAAUAAUUUAUUGAUUGAUUAUCUGUGUAAUAAGAUAAUUGAGGGACGGAGUGAGCAACGAACGUCCGAUUGCGAAAUUAUAUUAAUUCGCGUAUGGCACUAAAGAAUUAUUAUUACAAUCGUUGAUACUGUUUUACCAUAGGUGAAGAAGUUUUCGUGAUCAUAUGGAAA